AUGCAAUGCGAUGGUGAUAAGGAAAUAUUUCACAAAUGGAUUUUAUGGAAGGAAGAAGCUGAUAAAAGUGUUCCCGAACAAUUCAAAACGAAAAAAUUGCCGGAAUGUCAUUACUCUGGUGAAAUGAUGUCAACGCGAAGUCUUGCAUGGGUUGGCGAUGGAAAAAUUUUUGAUAAUUUCCCCUAUAAUAUGUUAUACCAGUGCAAUUCAAAGGAAACAAGGUGCUAUUUCAUCGCUGAAGAAUAUGGAACACUUGCGCAUCAUAUGAAGACAAGACAUGGCUUAUCAGUUGAUAAACCGGAACUUUCAGAUCUCACUCACUCUCUUCUGUCGCCAUCGCAUUACGAACUUCCACUGCCACAACGUUUAACUGAUGUGCAAACAAGCACUUUAAAAAGGCCUGAUGAACACAAAAUUGAACGAACUAGUGUUUCCACACCCGUAAAAAAUAAUCAAUUAACUAUCUUGCCUAAAGUUUAUUCAAUUAAACGAAGUAAUGAUCUCAAAUUAUCACUGAAAGCUUCACCAAGUGAAACGGUAAAUAUCAAAAAGUCGCGAACAAAUAAGGAUAGGAGAAAGGGCAAGAAAAGGAAGUCACUGAAAACUGCCAAGAUACAAAAUGGCGAGACAGCAGCUUCUAAGAGAAGUGAGAAACGAGUUACUUUUGCGUUACCAUCAGAUGAUGAUGAUAUGAGUCUCGAAGUUUUACGACGACAGGGAGAAAAAGCGAACAUUGCAGUAAGAAACGUCGUUCCAUCAACUUCGCGAUUUCUGGAUUCUGGUUCGUCCAUCGCCAAUUUCCAUUCAGUUACAAGUUUAGGUCUUGGUGCGAUGGAAAAAGUGGAAUCGGAAUCUGUUUCCUCUCGUGCAGAGUCUACAUUCGAUAAUAUUAUCCUUGAAUCACCUUCGAAGUCUCAUCAGUCAGUGCGAAGAAUCGCUCGGAAAUUGGCUUGUCCAUCAUUUUCUUCUGGAGCAUCUAUGCAGGACUCUGGAAAGAUUUCAUCUCUCGAACAAAAACCCAUUAAAAGCCAGUAUUCACUCGAUAUUGCUAGUGGAAAUUAUCAUAAUUUCGAUAAUUGCGAAACUGGGCAGAUAAGCAAUAAUCCAGAUGUUAUUAUGGUAGAUAGCAGGCACGAGGAUACUAAUUCUGAAAUAUUAAUAGAUAAAAUUGAAACAAAUAGUGCCACUAGUGAAACUUCGAACCAAUUUGGUAGAUCAUUUGUGAUCAAACAUAUGAAUGUUACCAGAAUGCAGAAAAGCUAUCGCACGUAUAAAGUAGAUCUAUCGCGUGCAAUGGCUGGAAAGUUUACCUUGCUCAAGAAAGUUGCACUGGAAUGCGAGAAUAAUGAACAAUUCGAUGAAUCAGUGGAUUCAAUUGAACAACAAAAAAUGGAUGAAUCAGUUUUUCCAGUGGAGUUGAAACAUAAUGGCAGUAGUGUCUCAGUACCUCAUAAUUAUUUUCCAUCUGGAGGAGUCGAUGAAGUAAUAUAUGCAAAUGGUGGCGAUCAGCAAAUCAGGCAUCAUCUAUCGUUGAACGAACGCUCAUUUCAGGAAAAUAAUUUCUUCAUAACACGUCCUAUAAAGCAACAAAUACAAACUGAUCAUGCUGCUCUUCCCAAAUUAUUUGACAAUAGGCUGGCUGUUCCUGAUGCUGUAAUCAGCAAUGAGCAGAAUUCAACGACUGCAAAUAUUCCGAGAAUUUUGAAUCCAAUAAAGCCGAUUUCAUUAAAAAAAUCCAUAAGUUCAUCCAUGAAUAACAAUUAUCGAUUUAGCAAUAGUGUGGUGCCUAGAUUCACGGCAGAUUCAUCAGACGUUGAAGGAACAGUAAGUGUUGAUUAUCAGUGCUACAAUCAUCCUUCCAGUGCUCGUAAUCCAGUCAAAGACAAUAUGAUAGUGCAAAGUGAUAAUCAAAAGCAGUAUGUGCGCAACUCUGUUAAUAUUUUUUCAUGUGCACGAGUUGCAAAAAAUUCUUAUAUGAAUCAACAGAGUUCAACAAAAGAUAUCAAUUGUCAAUCAAAUUCUGAUGCUAUUCAAUAUUCUGUACAUUCUGAACCAAUCAUCUUUUCUAAUGAGACGAACAUGAAUCAGACUAGUACGCAGUUGCUGGAAUCUUCAUUGUUCGAUAUGCCAAAUUUAGAGCCCAAUUACGAUUAG